AUGUUCCUUUCAAAGCUCAUUUUUGCUGCUCUAGCAGCGACCACUGCAUUUGCUCAUCCUGGCCCUGACCAUGCCGUGCCUCGUGCAGAGAUUCAGCGGCGUAAUGGGCUAGCCAAGCGAUGUGCCAACCACGCAGCGGAUUUCAAUCGACGCCGCAUGGCGAAGAGAACAAUGCAGAAACGCUGGGAAGGGUCGGGUCACAACACAACUUUCGAGAUUACCACGGACGCCCCUUACUACGACACCAUCCAGAACGACACUUGUGUCCUCAAUCCCGAGGUAACCCGUGGUCCCUACGUCUGGCCGCGCUCUCAGAUUCUGCGCCAGGAUAUGACGGAGGGCCAAGCAGGCGUGCCUUUGUGGCUGGAUGUGGGAGUCCUCGACAUGGCGACCUGCGAGCCCUUACCGAAUGUCCUCGUCGACUUCUGGCAUUGCAAUGCGACCGGCUCUUACUCCUCGUUUACCCACCUUUCGCCCAACACCCCGUUUGAAAAGCUUCUGGUUGAGCUGAACAUCACUGAUUUCGAGAUUGGUGUUACUGAUCUCCAUACGGACGAUACUACCUUCUUGCGGGGAAUGUGGCCCACUGACGAGAAUGGAGUCAUGGAGAUCAAGACUAUAUUCCCAGGGUUCUACGUCCAGCGUGCUAUUCACAUACAUGUCCAAGCACACACUGACUGGAUUGUCCGAGGAAAUGGCACAAUUGUUUCUGGCAAUACCGUAAGCACUGGACAGCUCUAUUUCGACGAAGCGCUUUCGCAGAAGGUUAUGAGUUUGGAGCCUUAUGUCUCACACACUCAAAUCAACCGCACCACCAACGCACAGGACACUAUAUUCCCCGAGGGCACUGAUGGAGGAUUCAAUCCCGUUGUAUCCGUUGUCCCAGCGGAUGGUGAGGAUAUCAGCAAGGGGAUGAUUGGAUACAUUACUAUCGGCGUAGACACAGCUGCGAUUGAGACGUUCGAGAAGUAA